GUUUUUCUUAAAAGCAUGUUGCGAAACAUUUUACACCAGACUGAGUGCAGAGACCUGAGAACGCUCUUCAUAGUAUCUGGGCCCAGAGGAGGAUAUUGUGAUAACACGCAAUAUCCCUCCUGUUUCUUCUACAUUGUGACUGAUGCUGUUGGUGAACUGGAAAGAGCGAACCAGGGCAGUAAUGCACAGCCACAGGUGAACAAAUGGCUGGUUUCUGUAAGGGACAGGAUGAAAAAUAUCAGAAACUGGCACAGGAAAACGAUCUUCACUUGGACCAUCUGCAAAUACCAUCCAGGGCACUGUAAUGUUCCCAAUAUAACCGCACUGCACAGACAGCUGAGGGGUCCAGUCAGCAGCCUCAGUGUGAUCUGUAAGGGAAGUGAGAGACAAUCUGCUCUCUGGAUUGUGUUUUCUUCAUAUGUUUGGAUUGACAUCAUGAUGAAAGAAGAUUCAGAGGGAGUGGAGAUUGACUUGGGGGACUCCAGUGACCCUGAUGAAUUUGACAAUGGGGAGGAACCUCAGAUGCUUUGGAAGGCUCCUCCUGCUUUGGAAGAAGAGGAAAAUAUUCACACAUCUACACUAGUGGAAAUCAGUGAUACCAAGCCUCUGAUUAAUGUCAGAGACCCUCGAGGUAUCAAUGACUGCCUCAAGGUGACAUUUGAGGAUGUGAUUGCUGAGCCUGUGUCAGUGCGCAGUGGGGACAGAGUGUGGAUCUGGAGUAAUGCCCUGUUUGAGGUGUCAAGGGUUUGGAUCUACAGGAUAGUCUCAGUGCUUCUGGCUGUUCCUGUGUCAAUUAUCUCUGGUCUCCUCUUUGCCAUCCUCAGCUGCUUUCACAUCUGGAUGAUUGGCCCUUGUGUCCAGUGUAUCUUUAUUGGCACUCGCUGGCUGCAGAGCCUGUGGAGCAUUGUUCUGAGCAUCAUUGUGCGUCCCUUCCUCUUGAGUGCUGGGAGGUGCUGUGGAGGAUUCAGCAUCCACCUGGCCAAAGAAUGAGACUCACACAUCCACAGCGGGAUUGUUCAUUAUGUGCACAAGUGCACUGGUGUUCGGGAGGACUGUGCUGUUCUUUAAUAUUUUAUUAAAAAUAAAAUGUUUAUAAUUAAUUUUUUUUCAACAUGGCAUUGCCCAGAGUUCACUGUAUACUGGUCCUUUUUAUUGACUAUAUAAGGCUUUUAACAUCCAUCCAUCCAUCCAUUUUCUAUACCACUUAUCUGUCAGGAUCGCGGGGGAGCUGGAGCCUAUCCCAGCUGACUACGGGCAAGAGACUAGGGCUGUUGAGCCAUGUAUCCCCGACUCUCAGCAGUGAUGAUUUCUUAACUUUCUUCACUAAUAUGAUUGUGAACAUCAGAGCGAGAAUUGGCAGUAAUACUCCACCAAAUAGAGCUUCUCUUAUAGCAACCUCCACACCUAAAGCAUGCUUGGACAGCUUCUCCCCCAUUCACCUCUCGGAGUAAACUUCAGUCAUUACCUCAUCCAAGUCAUCUACAUGUUUACUUGACCCGGUCUAAAAAGACUGCUUAAGGAUGUCUUUCCCUUAGUUAACAUUUCUAUACUGAACCAGAUCAGUCUCUCUGUAGUCACAGGUUAUGUACCACAGGCCUUUAAGGUGGCUGUCAUCAAGCCACUAUUAAAGAAACCUUGACCCAGAUGUAUUAGUUAAUUACAGACCUAUAUCCAACUACUUCCAUACAUCUCCAAGAUCCUCGAGAAGGUUGUCCUAGAGCAGCUACAUCUACAUCUCCAUUCUGAUGAACUUUUUGAAGCUUUCCAAUCUUUUCCAAUCUUUAGAGAACACCAUGAUACUGAAACAGCACUGAUAAAAGUUUCUAAAGACCUUCUCCUAGCAUCUGAUAGAGGUGUUGUCUCCAUACUUGUACUUCUAGAUCUCAGUGCUGCUCUACACUCUCUCCACAUUUAAGUCCAGGCUAAAAACAUUUCUCUAUGAUAGAGCUUUUAGUUAGGGCUGGCUCAGGUAACUCUUCUCCUCUCCUCUCCUUCUACACAUUUGCUAUUCUGUCUUUAUCUGUUAUACUGUGUAGUCUGGCCUUGGUGUCUCACACUCUCUCUGUGUCUUCACAGAUUUCUCCAGAGCUGUCGUCCCUGCUCAUCCACCAACAUGCUGCUCCUUCCUGCUUUCCCUGUUUACGGUCCAUACUGCCCACCAGGAGCUGCCUCCAUCAGCUCUCCGCUGAAUGAAAAUUCCCUGUCAGUCCCCUAUUUCAUGUUGUUAACAUCCAUGUACAACAUCCAUUGCACCUCUGCACGUCCUGGGCGAGGGAUCCCUCCUCUGUUGCUCACCCUGAGGUUUCUCCCAUUUUUUCCCUGUUGAAGGUUUUUUCUGGGAGUUUUCCUUAGUCGAUGUGAGGGUCUAAAGGCAGAGGAUGUUGCUAUGAUGUUAUGUAAAGCCCUGUGGCACAAACUGCUUUUAUGAUAAUAGUAAUAAUCUAUACAAAUAAAAUUGUCUUGUUUUGUCUUGUCUGAAAUGAAGUAAGAGCCUACUUCCCUCUUUGUGGCUAUGAUUGCAGCCACACACUCGGGCUUUCUUGGCCUGUCUGGCUUCAUUAUCUCAGUUUCAACUUGAACUUGAACCUGCUCCUUUAGUCAGAGAGCAACACCAUGGCUGAAGUUAAUGAGGAGGAGCCGUCAAUCAGGGGAGAGGGGAGAGAGAGCCACACAACUGAGAUUGAGCUGAAUGACAGAGACCCCAAGCAAAUCCACAGCGAUGUGAUCAAGGUUAACUUUGAAGAUGUGAUUGCAGAGCCUGAUGGCAUACACAGUCUGGCUUUGGUGUGGAAAUUCAGCUACGAGGCCUUCACAAAGUCAAAGAAGUAUAUUUAUUGCAGCCUGACAGCCAUCCUUGGUGUCCCUUUGUCUCUGAUCUGGGGCUUACUGUUUGCUUCUCUGUCAUUCUUGAACUUUUGGGUUGUUAUGCCCUGCAUUAAGUGUGUUCAGUUUCAGUUCUACUGUCUGAUUCGGCCCUUAUUGCUGGCCUUAAAGGUUGUCAUUAUCCCAAUCUUUGUGGCAAUGGGAAAAGUAGCUAGUCAGCUGAAAAAUGUUUUACCUAAGCGGGCAUAAGUGCUGUACAGCUGCUUUAUUCAGGCAUUAAGGCCAGCUUCUGGACUUCUUAAAAACUUUUAGAAGAUCCGUGAAAGAUCUGAAAACAAAGAAAAGUUGCAGGUUCCUGCUCCCUGUGAGCGUUGCUCUAAAUCACAGUGUUUUGCUUGAUAACUAGACAGAUUAUGUGAAAUUACAAAACUUGUAAAACACACCCAAUAUACAAAGAAUGUACUUGUAUCUGGUCUUGACACUGAAAUUUUCUGUAUGUUGAGUAUAAACAGUUGGCCUUGAAUUGUACAGCAAAAGAAACAGAGCAGAAAAGAUGAUGAUGUUAUGUAAAGUCCUGUGAGAUAAACUGCUUGUAAAAAUGGACUAUACAAAGAAAGUUGUCUUGUCUUGUCUUGUCUUGUCUUGUCUGAAAUGCAACAAGAGCCACUUCCCUCUUUGUGGCUAUGGCUGCAGCCACACACUCGGGCUCUCUUGGCCUGUCUGGCUUCAUUAUCUCAGCUUCAGCUUGAACUUGAACCUGCUGCUUUAGUCAGAGAGCAACACCAUGGAUGAAAUUAACGAGGAGGAGCCAUUACUCAGGAGAGAGAGCCACACAACUGAGAUUGAGCUGAACGACAGAGACCCCAAGCAAAUCCACAGCGAUGUGAUCAAGGUUAACUUUGAAGAUGUGAUUGCAGAGCCUGAUGGCAUACACAGUCUGGCUUUGGUGUGGAAAUUCAGCUACAAGACCUUCACAAAGUCAAAGAAGUAUAUUUAUUGCAGCCUGACAGCCAUCCUUGGUGUCCCUUUGUCUCUGAUCUGGGGCUUCCUGUUUGCUUCUCUGUCAUUCUUGAACUUUUGGGUUGUUAUGCCCUGCAUUAAGUGUGUUCAGUUUCAGUUCUACUGUCUGAUUCGGCCCUUAUUGCUGGCCUUAAAGGUUGUCAUUAUCCCAAUCUUUGUGGCAAUGGGAAAAGUAGCUAGUCAGCUGAAAAAUGUUUUACCUAAGCGGGCAUAAGUGCUGUACAGCUGCUUUAUUCAGGAAUUAAGGCCAGCUUCUGGACUUCUUAAAAACUUUUAGAAGAUCCGCGAAAGAUCUGAAAACAAAGAAAAGCUGCAGGUUUAUCAGGUGCUAGCCAUCAGCCACUAAUGUUUAUAUAUAUAUUUUUUUUACAUUUUUAGUGCUUAAGCUCAAGAAACAACAAUGUACUACAACUGCUAAGAUCUAAUUUCAAAGUUUUGUCACUGAUUUCAAUUAUAUGAGCUGUAUCUUUAACAGAGGAAAUCAAAAUUAAAGCUAUGGAUUAAAGUUUGUUUAACUGAA